ACAGUACCUUGAGACUUUUCGUCUCUUGAAUAUCUUUUUAUCUUAUAUUUCCUCUGCGUUCUGUCUUCCAGUUCACGUCUCUAAAAUAAUAUUCCAAAAUAAUAAGAAAAAACCCAUUUGACCUUGUACUCCGAUCCUCACACAGAAAACUUUUCUGGAGUUUUUCCCCCCUUUUUUGGUUGAGAUUAUGGAGUUGAAGAACAGAGCUCUCUACUGUACUUUCUGUACAGUUCUUGCUGUUUUGUUGAGUUCUGCUGCGGUGUCUGCAGGUGAUAUUGUUCACCAAGAUGAUAGCGCUCCAGCACGACCUGGUUGCAAUAACAACUUUGUGUUGGUUAAAAUACCAAUUUGGAUAAAUGGUAAAGAAGUAAUGGAGUUUGUUGGUGUUGGUGCUCGGUUUGGUCCCACCUUGGAAGCAAAAGAGAAACGCGCCAACCAGUCUAGAGUUGCUCUUGCAGAUCCUCCUGAUUGUUGUACAAAUCCCCGAAAUAAGCUAACCGGUGAGGUUAUCUUGGUUCACCGGGGUAAUUGCAGUUUCACUGCCAAAGCAAAUGUAGCAGAGGCUGCUGGUGCUUCAGCAAUACUUAUUGUGAACAACCGCACAGAACUAUUCAAGAUGGUUUGUGAAGUCAACGAAACUGAUGUGGACAUUAGGAUACCUGCUGUCAUGAUCCCACAAGAUGCUGGUGCUAGCUUGGUACAAAGUAUCAGGAACAACUCUCAUGUUUCUGUUCAGAUGUACUCUCCACAUCGACCAGCGGUAGAUGUAGCUGAAGUUUUUCUAUGGCUAAUGGCUGUUGGUACCAUCUUAUUCGCAUCUUAUUGGUCUGCAUGGACUGCAAGAGAAGCAGCUAUUGAGCAGGACAAGCUCUUAAAGGAUGGUUCGGAUGAGUAUCUCAGCAAGGAAACCCAUCACUCUAACGGUUUUGUGGACAUCAACACUGCAUCAGCAAUUUUAUUUGUUGUUAUUGCUUCCUGUUUCUUGGUUAUGCUGUACAAAUUGAUGUCUUACUGGUUCAUUGAGGUUCUGGUGGUUCUGUUUUGCAUCGGUGGAAUAGAGGGUCUACAAACUUGUUUGGUGGCACUAUUAUCAUGUUUCAGAUGGUUUGAACCCGCUGCAGAGUCAUAUGUUAAAGUACCUCUUCUGGGAGCUGUAUCGUAUUUGACACUUGCCGUUUCUCCUUUCUGCAUAGCAUUUGCUGUAGUAUGGGCAGUUUUCCGGCGUAUCUCCUUUGCUUGGAUUGGUCAAGAUAUCCUUGGAAUCGCGUUGAUAAUCACAGUUCUUCAGAUCGUACGAGUUCCCAAUCUCAAGGUCGGAACUGUUCUACUCAGUUGUGCGUUCUUGUACGACAUAUUUUGGGUGUUUGUUUCCAAAUGGUGGUUCCAUGAGAGCGUGAUGAUAGUGGUAGCUCGUGGUGAUGGAAGUGGCGAAGACGGCAUUCCCAUGCUACUCAAGAUUCCUCGAAUGUUUGAUCCUUGGGGUGGAUACAGCAUUAUUGGAUUUGGCGAUAUAAUCUUGCCAGGAUUACUAGUGGUGUUUUCACUAAGAUACGAUUGGCUGUCUAAAAGAAGCCUACAGACCGGCUACUUUUUGUGGGCAAUGAUUGCUUAUGGCUCAGGUCUUCUUGUUACGUAUGUGGCUUUGAACAUGAUGGACGGACAUGGCCAACCAGCUUUGCUUUACAUCGUACCCUUCACACUAGGCACAUUUAUAACAUUGGGAAAGAAGAGAGGUGAUUUGAAGCACUUGUGGACCCGAGGAGAACCCGAUAGACCUUGCCCCCAUGUCCAACUUCAACCCAUCGAAGAAUGAGACCGUAAUUACAUUUUCCCAACUUCUAUUUUAGAGCGUAAGAUUUGGAUACGAUAUUGGGUAGAUUAGAACAGAUGUUGAAUCUUGAAUGUAUAGUGUUGUGAAAUGUUAUAACCAGUUUCCCCACUUAAAAAGGAGAUUUGAAGACGCAUUAUAGAGAAGAAUGUUAUGUGAAUUUACCAGGUUGUAAUGAAACCAUUACUCGUUCUUGUACUUUAACUUGCCAUUGGACUGAAGGAGAGUUUACUCUUCA